GGGGCUUGGCCAGUCAGUACGCCGUGAAGUGGCCGACAAUCAAGCCGGUUGCGCGUUAAAAAUCUCCAGUGCUCCUCAGUGCAGCGUCCGCCGAGCAAAAACGCACAGAUGAUGCACGCCGCAGGAGUGUGUGUGCUGACAGCACUGCGUGCAGCGGCCCUCACGACGCCGCCGCCGCGCACCGCACCUCGGACGCGCCUCGCGGCAACCCCGCGCUACACCGCGGAUUCUUUCCCGUCGGAUUUGGCGGCGACGGACCGCGUGCAGCAGGCCUACGCAAGCGCGCCCGAGUCCGCGAGCUUGCUGCCGCCCGAGCUCGUGCAGUUCGGCACCGGCGCCCUCUUGGCCUAUGCCAUCUACCUGGGCCCGGACUGGAUCCUCGCACCACUCGGAUGGGAGACGAAUAUACGACCGGGCCGGGCGGCGACGGACGUAUUGGGCCAAGUCAUCGCCCCGGACUCGGAGUUCGCCCGCGAGCGCCAGGCCGGCUUCGACGCGGCGGCGCCCGUGACGGUCCUCGGGGCCGCGGCGCUGCUGUUCCUCUGUUUAGGCUUCGGCGCCGAGGCGGCGCUGUGCGACGCGCUGGGGAGCUCGACGACGUUCGUCGGCGCGUGGGCGACGUGCGCAUGCAUCGCCGGCUCGGUCUACGAGGUCGGGCGGCCCGUAACGCUGAAUAGGGAGGAGGCGAUGGAGGAGGCGACGCUUGAGGAGGCGUUCGCCGACUUUGCCGAGCGGCGGUUCGAGCAGGCGCCCACGGCGGCGACGAACGUCAUCGAGAUCACGCGAGCCUUCCGGCGGUCCGCGCGCGGCAAGGCCUCGAAGUACCGCUCCGCCGAGGCGUCGGUCGCCGACGUGCAGAUCGAGAGGCUGGCGAAAAGAUGGCUCCGCGAGCGCGGCGGCGUCGUCACGUCGAGCGGGUUCCUGAAGGGCGUGCGCCUCUCCGACGAGCCCGACGUGUUCCGGUAACUUGUGCUGUUUUUUUA